AUGUUGCCUAGCGACCUAGUGGUCUCUGUGUCUCGACAGUGGCCUUGCAGAGAACAGCAGGCGAGGCAGUUGGCCCAUCUGCUAUGUACACCCUUCUCCUCCCCUCCGGCCGUAAUAGUCCAUGGCCCCAAGGGCUCUGGAAAAUCAACAAUUCUCAAAUCCUUACUACAAGUGUAUGCUGAAAGUCAAAGGCAUGCAAAAGAGAACGGUAGCCCUAGAGCGAUAUCCGGAGCUAAAAGGCAAAGAUUGGGCCACACCCCCGGCAAUGAAGUGAAAGGACACCGGUUUUGCUAUGCAGUAGUGAAUGUUACCGAAUGUAUAUCAGCAAACCAUCUCUUUAUGAAGAUUAUAUUGAACACCCUUGAUGCUAUGCAGCAAGGCAUCACUGGAAGACCAGGUGAUGAACGGCUAAAUAUUGGCGGUUUACGUUGUGAGCAUGUAAGCUCACUAUCAGGGCUACUUGGGACUAUUCUAGGCAAAUCCGAGUGUCGAAAAUUUAUUCUUUUGUUAGACGGAAUAGAUGAGUUGCGGGAAGGAGGACAGAUGCUGUUGGCGGCAUUGUGCCAAAUUGGUCAGAUGCUGCCUAAUACCUCAGUGGUUUUUACUUCAAAAUUUUCCCCUCGUCCACUUCUCCUUCAUGCAGCCGGCACACCCCAUGUCUACUUCCCUCCAUACACACGAGCAGAAAGCAUAGCUAUUUUAGCUAAUUUACCUCCACCUGUUCUGCCUCAGCUAUCCGAAGCUACCGCUGCCAAGCUAUACCCUCCAUUCUUAUCCACGUUGUAUGAUUCAUUGAUUGGCCCAACGGGGGGUACAAUAUCUACUUUCCAGUCAGCGUGCGAGAAAAUAUGGCCACGGUUUGUUGCACCUAUAACCAACGAUGAGACACCACCUGGAGGGACUGCGGUAGAAUGGGACUUCCCACGACUCCUUGUGAAGAACAGAUCGUUAUAUCAACAUCAGGGAGAGCUGCUGUUAAGUCAUAGAAUUGUUUCCGAGGAUUACACCACUACGUCAACUACUCCGAAUUUGAUAACAAAGACCGCUCCCGCUUUACCGUCUCUUCCGUAUCUACCAACCCUUGUGCUGACAGCUGCCUUUCUCGCGGCUCAUAUUCCCCCUCGCCUUGAUUUAUCUCUUUUCUCAAAGUUCACACCAUCGGUCAAGCGUCGUCGAAGGAGGUUAAAUACAACUAUCCAACCAAAAGCAUCUACUAAAGCAGACGAUGAUCCAACAGAUGACACUCCGAAAAAGGGUGGGAAAGCCGCAAACCAGUCCAAGGCUCCUAAAGGAGCAACCAACACCCCAUCUAUUCCUGGAGGAACGCGUGGUGGUCGAAGCAGUUACUUUGUUAAUCCUCACUCAUUUACACUUGAGCGGCUGUUAGCUGUUUAUCGUGCUAUAGAUCCAAAUCCCCCAUUAAUCACAGAUAUAUCUCUGGCAGAUACAAUAUACCCAGAACUUGCAACGCUACAGCGCCUCCGUCUCCUCAUUCCUGCUUCUGCAGGAACAGCGGCAGCCGGAGGAGUUGUGGAUGGAGCUGAAAAAUGGUGCCUCAAUAUCAAUGCAAUGGUUAGUGCAGGAAAUUCUAUCAGUGAUGAAUGGGUUGUUGAGAUGGCCCAUGGGAUAGGCGUAGAAGUUGAGGAAUACUUAGGGCUAGGAUAA